CCCACCCCACCUGGCCGUGUAAGCAUUUAUUGCUCAGCCACGUUAGCUUUCGCACUUCCGUCAACAAAAGCUUCCUGUUUUUCCAAACUGUUUCGAUUAACCCAUUAUAUACGAAGCACAGCUUCUCUCUCUCACUCUGCCUUUGUUUGUGUGAGACAUGGCUUCCACUUGUGUCACUGGUUUUCUUGUAGUUUUGUUUGUUCUGCAACCUUGGAUUGCUUUAAGCUACCUUUUGCCCCCUGUCUUUGAUGAUGUGUGCAAAGAAGUGGUGUGUGGAAAAGGAACUUGCAAGCCAUCAAAUCAAAGCGCUUUCGUCUUGUUUGAAUGUGAAUGCAAUCCUGGGUGGAAGCAGGCUAACUAUGGCCCUGCCGAAAACUUCAAAUUUCUACCUUGUGUGGUUCCCAAUUGUACCAUCAAUUACUCCUGCAUGAAUGCCUCCUCACCCGUCCAAGACAAAGGGAGCAGAGCUAAUGAAUCAAUCUUCGAUCUGUGCCACUGGACCAAUUGUGGAGGUGGCUUUUGCAACAAAACAUCAAAUUUCACAUAUAGCUGUGAAUGUGCGAGGGAUUAUUAUAAUAUUCUCAAUGAUACUUCCUUGCCAUGUUUCCUAGAUUGUGCAAUUGGAAUGGAUUGUUCAAGGCAGGGAAUAUUAUCUUCAAACAAAUCUACUUCUGCAACACAAGCAUCGUCUGAUGAUGGUAAGAACCAUGCAAAUGGUCAGCUUCCAGAAUCAAGCGUCCAAGGCAACCAACCAAAUUUUUUUACAGGUUUCAAUCGCUUGGUCAUAAAUUUUGAGCACCUAGGAGAGGCUGUGAGUGAUAUUUAUAGGGCAAUCCAAAAUAGCAUGGGCCCAAAGCUCUUCCUUACCUUGCCUGCAAUGCUCAAUCAAAAAUAUUGGGAAAAAUUACAUUUUAAUUUAUGUCGUUUAAGGGUGUAAUAAAUUAAACCUUGAUAUUAGAACUGGUAGCAUAUUAAAGUUAUUAAACAAAUGGCCCAUAUUAAACAUCAAAUACAAACAGUUCCAUUUAGGUGGGCUGAGUUUUAAUUUGUUAGUACUUUUUCAAAUAUUAGGAUUUGACUGGUUUCCAAGAGACUACAACUCAAUAAUAUUACUUGAUUUCCUUUAUGAUAAAAAUUAGGGUUCGACUCCCCAUUCCUCCAGAGGAAAAUGUGUAAA